AUAAUUGCAGUAUACUUAUUUAACUACUUUUCCUCAAAAAAUAACGAUCCAUAUAAAAGUGAAAUGGAACUUCAACAUUUUUUGAAAUGGUUCAUCAUAGAUACUUGAUUCAAAGAAAACAUAAUAUAAUCUUUCCGAGUGUCACGUGAUUUCUCCCUUCCUUUUCCCUAGAGAUAUUACCGAAUUCAAACUUAUGAAUGAGUUCAAAGUGGCUGGUAUCCAGGUGUUCAAAACGCUGUUAGUGCGAUGUAUGAACCAAUAUUACACCUCAAUGUAAUAUACUCGACGACAUUUACGCUGGCACUGUAAUGAAACAGCUUGCCGUUUCGCUUCACUGAUUUGUAAAUACUCCCUCAUAUUGUGUUUCGAAAAUUGAUAGAAAAAUGUUCCAAACAAUUAUAACACGAAAAGUAAAAAUAAAGCACACAUGUCUUUAAUCAUACUAUGCAUAGUAGCAUGUGGUCAAUGUUAGAUUCUUUUUUUCAAAGUGUGCAUAUAACCAAGUGCCUCAACUUUUUUGGAUAAAACCCCAUAUUGGAUAAAUUUCUUAAUGUCAAGUUUUGAUAAAUUUAAUAUAAUAUUGGUAUUUCCAAAGACUACAUCAAAAAACGUACAGUUCCCGUCAAAAGUUUUGAACCCCCAAGUUAUUUUAUAAAAAAUGCCGUAAAAUGCCGUUUUUUGGGGUUUUAUUCUCAGAAAUCAAUAAUUUUUGGCAUGUUGUUUCAAUAACUUAUGAAGAACAAAAUAAAUAAUAUUCAGCGAAAAAUAUUCCCUGGUUUUUAAAUGGAAAGUCUUUGAGUUCACCUAGGUGGUUCCAAAAUUUUGACGGGCACUGUAAUUUAUAUCCAACCUAUUUCUAUUGUAUUUUCAAGUUUGGGUUUUAUAGUGAAGAACGAAUCUACCAUUUAAAUAUAUCGGAACAAAUAUAAAAUAACAAAAAAGAAAAUAUUUGAUCGAUAAUGUCCCCUCCUGCAUGUGUUCAUUUCUUGGCCGCAUAUAAUUAUUAUUGUCCUUUUUUAUUUAUUCUGUAAAAUGCAGUUAGAUAAAUAGCAGUUACUUUUACUGUUUCCGCCAUACGAUUGAGCGUUGUACGUAACCGGCAAAGUAUAAAACAGUUUCUAUUCAUUUUCACAGUGAAGUUUCUGUUGUUUAGUUGUAACUUCUAUGUGUACAAUUGUUAAUCUAAUAUAAUCAUGAUAAAAUAACUCUCAAUUUUUAAUAAAAGUUCAAUGUUUUGCAAGUAAGGUCCAAAUAUAUACUCGAAUAACAUAUUAAAAUAAGUGAAGUAUACUGUUACCGUGGCAAUGGCAAAUUGGAUACCAUAGAAACAACGCUUCUAUUCUGUUUUUCAUAUGUUCGCACUUCAUUACAUACAUACGUUGUGGUGAAUUUUCAAGUUAAAUGUAUAUUGGUAGUUUGAAUUAUUUAUUGCUUUUUAGACUUUUCAGAAUAGAAUUUUUGCGGAAUUCAAGUUUGAUCGUCCCUCAUAUUACAUCAAACAAAAAGCCUUCGCUAUUUAUUGUGAAAAAAUAGGAACACGGACUCAUAUACCAAUAGAAAAUUUCUCGAACUCAUUCGAUACAAAAGAAAAUUUGGAGAUAUGGCAACUCAAUUGGCGUUGCAACGAAACUUCGUUACAAUUACUCCAAGCAGUCAGAUUUCAUCAAAAACCACACAGUCUAAUCAUUCAACAACCACGAUAGCCACCUCAGCAACUAAUGGUGAAAUUGUUACCAUCACUGACAAUCAAGUAUCUGAAACAACUAACACUCCAAUUCAUAUUAUGCAGACUCAUACACAGAAAUACAUCCUUCAAGCGGGAACUACUUCUGACGGUGUUUCAAUUAUUGACGUCGUACCAAUUGAUCAGAUGGAUUCUCCAGAUGAGGCACCAAUUACCGUAUCUACCAUUUUACCUACUAAUUCAAUUGCUUCGUCGCCAAAUAAUUCCAAUUCACAACAAAUAACCGCUCAGGUUGCAUUUGUACAAACUCAAGAUGCAGCUGAAAUUGCUGAAUCAAAACCGCAAUUUAUAACUGUUAAUGUAUCCCAACAAGAAAAUGUUACCGGUCAUGGAACUUAUGUGGAAUAUGUCGAUUCUGGACUGUAUGCAACAUCUACGCAAAGCCAAACACAAAUGGCAUAUCCAGUAUACGUUAAUGAAUAUACAUCAAGUACGCAACAGCAAUAUUAUGCAGCAAAUGAGUCGUUUUCGGGUACAGGAACUCAUCAAAAUGAGACCUAUAUUGUGCCAGUAGAAGAAUCCUUAAUAUCAAAUCAAUCACGCGAGUCACCACAAGCAAUAUCUGCUGAUGUGGCAUAUGUUCACAACCAACAAACUUCAACUACGCCCACAACUUCUGAGUCGGAUUGCGCGCCAAAUAUAGCACAUGCAACACGUGUUUCUCCAGCGACGGUUUCUUGGUUGAUGGACAAUUACGAAACGGCUGAAGGAGUUAGUUUACCACGUUCAACGCUAUAUAACCACUAUAUGCGUCAUUGUAAUGAACAUAAAUUGGAUGCUGUCAAUGCAGCUAGCUUUGGAAAAUUGAUUCGAUCAGUUUUCACUGGGUUGCGUACUCGACGUUUGGGUACAAGAGGAAAUUCUAAGUAUCAUUACUACGGUAUUCGAGUUAAACCAGGUUCCAAUUUGGAAACAACGAACGAUGAUAAGACACAGGCCCCUAACAACUCUCAAGCCCAUCAACAUACAAUCACGCCACAAUCUGCCUCGAACACCGUUGUGAAGUCCCGAAAAUCGGCAUCUAGAGCUGAAUCAUAUGAAGCUUGCUCACAAUUUCUUGGUGAUGGAAAUAGAGCAAUUCCACUUUUUCCAACGAUUGACUUUGAGAAUGAUAUGCCGGAAGACAUUACGCUCGAAGAUGUCGAUACACUUCGAUCAAUUUAUCGUGAGCAUUGCGAAGCCUUCUUAGAUGCAAUACUAAAUUUGGAAUUCAGUACAAUUGAGUCGCUAUGGAGAGAAUUUUGGCGAGCACAAGACAACAAUAAUGUAGAUGAAUGCGAAGAGGAGAAAUAUCUCAGUAAAUAUAAAUUGUAUAAUUUACUACAAUGUAAAGCUGUCCAGGAAUUCAUAAAAGAGAUUGAUUAUGGUUUUUAUCAGAAUAUGGUUGAUGUUCUCAUCCCAGAUGUACUGCGCCCAAUACCCAGCGCACUGACACAAGCUAUACGAAAUUUUUCCAAAAAUCUUGAAACAUGGAUGACUUCAGCUAUGACUGGCUGUCCACAGAAAAUCGUUCAAAUCAAACUAAGUGCUGUAUCGGCAUUUAGUCAAACUUUACGUCGAUACACAUCGUUAAAUCAUUUGGCACAAGCUGCACGUGCAGUAUUACAAAACAGUACACAAAUUACACAAAUGCUAAGCGAUUUGAACCGUGUUGAUUUUCACAAUGUACAGGAGCAAGCGGCUUGGGUUUGUGAAUGUGAUGCAUCGACAGUACAAAGAUUAGAGAAUGAAUUCAAAGCAGCUCUCCAACAACAAAAUUCCUUGGAACAAUGGGCAUCAUGGUUGCGUUUAGUAGUUGAUAGUGCUCUCAAAGAAUUUGAAGGGAGACCAACAUUUUCGAAAGCCGCGCGUCAAUUUUUGUUAAAAUGGAGUUUUUACAGUUCGAUGGUAAUUCGUGAUUUAACACUUCGCUCAGCUGCAAGCUUUGGAAGCUUCCAUUUAAUUCGACUGCUUUAUGAUGAAUACAUGUUCUUUAUUGUUGAACAUAAGGUUGCAGAGGCAAAUCGAACGACUCCAAUUGAAGUGAUGGGAAAAACUGACCGUACUAGAAACACAACUCCAGACAACAACAUUGAUUCAUUGCUUGAAACUACUUAUGGCGAUGAUGAAAUAAAAAAUGAAAAUAAUCCAAAGCGUAUGCGGCAAGUGGUUCCCAAUUGGUGAUCCACGGACCCCUACACUCUUCGGUAUGCGGUUAAGUUAAUUAAUAUUAAGUUAGAAGGAGCACUUAUUAUUAAUAUUUUGUUUUGUGUGAUUUUUGUGAAUACCAUAGAAUUGAGAUAUGCACAAUAAUAUAUAUAUAUAAUCAAUUGAACAAAACGUGUGUGCACAAAACGUGUUUCAGACAUUGGACAUAAAAUAUUACGUAAAAAAUGAGAUAAGAUAGAUUCAAAGAUAAAAGAUUUUUAGAAUCAUAAUGUUUCAAUUAAAUGUAUGCUCUAAGUUGACUAAAUAUUACAGCAAAAAAGUGAUCGUAUCAUCAUAAAUAUGCAUAAAUAGCAGAUCCAGUUUAUCUUUUUACGAAACUUGUUGUCACAUCCUUUCGUUGAAAAGAAAGUAUCUCGAUUCAUAGAAGUUAUGUGUUCCGUUCACUUUCAAUGGAAAUCUAUCGAUAUAAAAAAGCACUGUUAUGAAUAUACGUCGGGCACUGAGCCCGAUAUUUUUCGAAAACCAUGGCGUGAAUAGAUACAUAUUUUAUAUUUUUGAGAAAGAACAGAGGCCGAAAAGCGACAACACGAAACAAAUCAGAGUUUAGUUUUAGUUUGAAAUUUUUCUCGGGCACUGAUCAGGCACUCGAGUGCCCGAUGUACGGUUUUAGGGUUAAAAUGAUUUUCAUCCGAUGAUAUAAUUCACGGCCAUUGAUUAAUUAAAGAAAAAUCAUCAAAAAUUCUACCUACCAACACACGAUGCAAUUGAACACAAAUGUAGAAAAAAAAUACAAAAUUGGAAUACAAGCACAGUUAUGUUUAAAAUGGAUGUCAAACGUUAUGGUUUUGGCAUCUGCAGCAGUCAUGCAUAUUCACGUUUCAAAAAAGUUUACCGAAACAAAAAUCAUUGCGACAAAUUGUGUGUUAUUUUUUCUGCGACAAAUGAACCAUUAAAUGUUAAGUAAAAAAGAAAUAAAAACUUAACUUUGCGUUUGACUACAUGUAUAGUCUACACGAAAAUGACCACCAAAAUGGGUCGUGUUACAUUUUUCAACGUUAAAAUGGAUAAAAAACGUUACAAUUUCUUAUAUUUUUUAUUAUGGUCAUCAAUGUUCUCCAGAAUCGAGUAAUCUUAAUGAAAAGUGUUUUGUCGAAAUGCUAUAAACAGUAAUUUAAGAUUCUAUUGCUUUACUUUUUCAAAAACUAUAUGUAACCUUUAAUAAUUUAAUAUAUCCCUAAUUUUGCAAUUUACUGCGCAAAGCAGAUAGAAUUUAAUAUUUAAUAUGGGAAUUAUGAUGAAUGAUGAAUGUAUAUCAUUAUUUGGAAUGCAUUAACUUUAUCCCUCUUGGUUAUUCUUGUACGUUAGAAUGUUUGUCGCAUCUGUAAAUAAAAAAAUGGAUACAUAUGUAAAGAAAGUAUUUGGAAUAAAUUUAGACGUCCGCCAUUUGAACAACAAACACACAA